AACUGCACCACACCGCUAGAUGGCUGUCCAGGUUAACUUCGGUGUCAGCAGCUCAUCUGGUGUCAAUCAGUCUGAUUUCUCAGAGGUUUUGUCCAAGAAGUCUGUCGACUGUCUGUGAUGUUAUUCCCCCCCCUCUCCAUGGUUUUACAUGUGAUGCAGCAACAAUGUGUAGCCAAUAUGCAAAACGUCCCGGUAUGUAGGUGAGCAUGCAUGUCCCCAUGACGCGCCAGACACCGUGAACGUGCUUCGGGCUGCUGUUACUAUAAUGCAAUGGCGGCGGUGCUGUGCACCAGAGAUGGAUGAGUUACCGGUUCAAAUCCGCUCGACGCAGACACCGUGCAUUAGGAAACACACCUCUGUCCAGAUCAACCGAAUUCGUAACUGUUUGGUGAUUUAGCCUCAACGUUACUUUAGGAAUGUGUCUAGCAGGGUUAGCUAACGAGCUAAUGCCAGUCUGUGCCAGGGUGAUGUAGGGCUUUUCCGCACAUCUGUCUGCAGUAGCCACCACCCGCCUGCUAACGUUACACCAGGCAACCGGCUGAACAUCACUCCGUCCCUCGACGGGGAGUCUCGGCCCACUCGGACCGGAACAUCAUGGCUGAGAGGAAUUCUACCGGAUUACUAAUGAUGUUGGAACCGAGCCCGGCUUUCGCCAUGUCACUGCCGGUGGAGGUCCGGGAGAAGCUGGCGGAGUUGGAGCUGGAACUGUCGGAAGGGGACAUCACACAGAAGGGAUAUGAGAAGAAGAGAGCCAAGCUGCUGGCCCCCUACAUCCCUCAGAUACAAGGUGUAGAACCAUCUCUGCAGAAGGAGAACAGGAUCCAGAUGUCUCAGGCUGCUCCACCAGGAUCCAAACACAACAAGUCUCGGGCCACCAACACGCGGGAUGAACGCUUCAGAUCUGACCUGCAUACAGAAGCCGUUCACGCUGCCUUGGCCAAGUACAAAGAGCGGAAGAUGCCAAUGCCCUCCAAGAGACGCUCUGUUCUAGUUCAGUCCUCUGUAGAGGCAUGCACUCCCCCAGACACGUCCUCGGCAUCAGAAGACGAGGGUUCACUGCGUCGUGCGGGCCGGAUGGUGUCCUCCACGCCGUACCAGAACCACCCGGCGCCGAACGUAGAACACUGGUUUAACAGAGUCAUCCAGGGCUCCUCCACCUCCUCCUCUGCAUCCUCCACCUCAUCCCAUCCUGGAGGGAGUGUCCACGCUACCGCCGCCGUGCUGGCUGACCUCAUGGCAUACACCCAGAUAGAUAACCACUCCGCCCCCCCAGACGUGACUGGCCUAUUGGAACACUCGCUGCAUGCGGACAGAGACAGACCCCCGGUGGCGUCGGUGAAGGUGGUCCCCAGGGGGUACAACCACUCCGGCGUCAUGGAAACCGCUGAUGGUGUCCCAGUGAACAGCAGAGUGUCCUCUAAGAUCCAGCAGCUUCUCAACACUCUGAAGAGACCUAAGAGACCGUCACUUAGAGAGUUCUUCAUUGAUGACUUUGAGGAGCUUGUAGAUGUUCAGCAGCCGGACCCUAACCAGCCCAAGGCGGAGGGGAAUCAGAUGUCCCCUCUAGCAGGCGAGCCUCUGGGUGUAGUGACCAACUGGCCUCCCUCCCUGCUGGCCUCCCUCCAGCGCUGGGGCAUCACCCAGCCCAGGAGCCCCUGUCUCACUGCCCUGGACAACGCUGGUAAACCAGUGUACACUCUUACCUACGGCAAGCUGUGGACACGCAGCCAGAAACUGGCCUUCACGCUUCUGAACAAACUGAGCACUAGGAACGAGCCACUACUGCUGCCUGGAGAUAGAGUUGCUCUAGUGUUCCCCAACAGUGACCCUGUGAUGUUUAUGGUGGCGUUCUAUGGAUGUCUGCUGGCAGAGCUGAUCCCUGUGCCCAUUGAGGUGCCCCUCACCAGGAAGGAUGCAGGCAGCCAGCAGAUAGGUUUCCUGUUGGGCAGCUGUGGGGUGACUCUGGCUCUGACUACUGAUGCCUGUCUGAAGGGCUUGCCUAAAGCACAGACUGGAGAGGUGGUCACGUUUAAAGGCUGGCCACGGUUGCUGUGGUUCGUAACAGAUGGGAAGCACGUUGUAAAGCCGCCCAAAGACUGGCACCCCACCAUCAGGGAAGCUAACAAUGAUAUUGCCUAUAUAGAGUACAAGACCAGUAAGGAGGGGAGCACAAUGGGUAUAACUGUCUCUCAUCCAGCAAUGCUAGCCCACUGUCACGCCCUCACACAGGCCUGUGGAUACACUGAGGCUGAGACCAUUUGCAACGUCCUGGACUUCAAGAGAGAUGCAGGCUUGUGGCACGGGGUUCUCACCAGUGUGAUGACCAGGAUGCACGUGAUCAGCAUCCCUUACUCACUGAUGAAGGUCAACCCUCUCUCCUGGAUUCAGAAGGUCCACACUUACAAAGCACGCGUAGCUGUGGUGAAGUCCAGAGAUAUGCACUGGUCCCUGUUGGCCCAGAGAGACCAGAGAGACAUCAGCCUGAGCUCUCUGAGGAUGCUCAUUGUAACUGAUGGAGCUAACCCCUGGUCGAUAUCCUCGUGUGACGCCUUCCUGAACGUGUUCCAGGCACGUGGGCUACGUCCUGAAGUGAUCUGUCCAUGUGCCAGCUCUGCUGAGGGCAUGACGGUCGCCAUCCGAAGACCUCCGGAGUCGGGCGUCCCUCCACCAGGGAAGGCAGUUCUGUCCAUGAGUGGUCUGAGCCACAGUGUGAUCCGGGUAGACACCGAGGAGAAGCUCUCUGUCCUCACAGUGCAGGACGUGGGCCAGGUCAUGCCAGGCGCGCUGGUGUGUGUGGUACGUGUGGAGGGAACUCCGUAUCUCUGUCAGACAGAUGAGGUGGGGGAGAUCUGUGUGAGUUCUGGGAGCACCGGCGUGGCAUACUACGGCCUCCCGGGCAUGACCAAGAACACAUUCCAGACCAUCCCAGUAAGAGCGUCAGGAGGUCCCAUCAGUGCCAGACCCUUCACCAGGACGUCACUACUGGGCUUUGUAGGACCUGACAACCUAGUGUUUAUCGUGGGUAGAAUGGACGGGCUGAUGACGGUGUGUGGGCGGAGACACAACGCUGAUGAUGUGGUUGCCACGGCGCUGGCAGUGGAGCCCAUGAAGUUUGUCUACAGGGGGAGGAUAGCAGUGUUCUCCGUCUCGGUUCUCCAUGACGAGCGUAUUGUAGUGGUGGCAGAACAGAGACCAGAUGCUUCAGAGGAGGGCAGCUUCCAGUGGAUGAGCCGCGUUCUACAGGCUAUAGACAGUAUUCACCAGGUGGGGGUGUACUGUCUAGCUCUGGUCCCUGCCAACACAAUGCCCAAGGCUCCUCUGGGGGGGAUCCAUAUCUCAGAGACCAAACAGAGGUUUCUGGAAGGAGCUCUCCACCCCUGCAACGUCCUCAUGUGUCCUCACAGCUGUGUUACCAACCUGCCCAAACCACGGCAGAAACAACCAGAGGUGGGUCCUGCCUCUAUGAUCGUGGGGAACCUGGUAGCAGGGAAGAGGAUUGCUCAGGCCUGUGGGAGAGACGUGGCUCAACUAGAGGACAAUGACCAGGCACGUAAGUUCCUGUACAUGCAGGAUGUUCUCCAGUGGAGAGCCCAGGCCACACCUGACCAUCCCCUGUUCCUGGUGCUCAACGCCAAGGGCACAGUGUCAAGCACUGCUUCCUGUCUGCAGCUGCAGAAGCGGGCGGAGCGUGUUGCCAUGGCACUGAUAGAGAAGGGACGCCUCAACCCCGGAGAUCACGUAGCACUGGUUUACCCUCCAGGUAUUGACCUGAUCGCUACGUUCUAUGGGUGUCUGUACGCUGGCUGUGUUCCUGUCACCGUCAGACCCCCUCAUCCUCAGAACCUGGCCACCACCCUGCCCACCGUCAAGAUGAUUGUAGAGGUCAGUAAAUCGGUGUGUAUCCUGACCACCCAAGCAAUAAUGAAGCUGUUGAAGUCCAAAGAGGCUGCGGCUGCUGUGGACGUCAAGUCAUGGCCAAUGGUACUGGACACAGACGACCUCCCCAGGAUGAAGAGGCUUCAGAUCUACAAACCUCCCACCCCAGAGAUGCUGGCAUACCUGGACUUCAGUGUGUCCACCAUGGGCAUCCUGGCUGGAGUCAAGAUGUCCCAUGCUGCCACCAGUGCCUUGUGUCGCUCCAUCAAGCUGCAGUGUGAGCUGUACCCGUCCCGCCAGAUAGCCAUCUGUCUGGAUCCCUACUGCGGCCUGGGCUUCGCUCUCUGGUGCCUCAGCAGUGUAUACUCUGGCCACCAGUCGAUCCUGGUUCCUCCUCUAGAGUUGGACAGUAAUGUUUCUCUGUGGUUGUCAGCUGUCAGCCAGUAUAAAGUCAGAAUCACAUUCUGCUCAUACUCUGUCAUGGAGAUGUGUACCAAGGGCCUGGGGACACAGACUGAGACACUACGGUUGCGUAACAUAAACCUGUCGUGUGUUAGGACCUGUAUGGUUGUAGCAGAGGAGCGUCCUCGUAUCACUCUGACCCAGUCCUUCUCUAAGAUCUUUAAAGACCUGGGUUUGUCUCCUCGAGCCGUCAGCACCACCUUCGGCUGCAGGGUCAACAUGGCCGUCUGUCUGCAGGGUACGUCAGGACCAGACCCUACCACAGUCUACCUGGACAUGAGAGCUCUGAGACAUGAAAGGGUUCGUAUGGUAGAGAGAGGCUCUCCACACAGUCUGUCUCUCAUGGAGUCUGGCAAGAUCCUUCCUGGGGUGAAGGUGGUUAUCGCCAACACAGAGACCAAAGGACCUCUAGGAGACUCCCACCUGGGAGAGGUGUGGGUGAGCAGCCCCCACAAUGCAACAGGUUACUACACUGUGUAUGGAGAGGAUGCUCUGCAUGCGGACCACUUCAACACCAAGCUGAGCUUUGGAGACACGCAGACGGUCUGGGCCAGAACAGGAUACCUGGGUUUCCUACGACGCACUGAGCUCACCGACGCCAGCGGAGAACGUCAUGAUGCUCUCUAUGUGGUGGGGUCUCUGGAUGAGACAUUGGAGCUGAGAGGGAUGACGUAUCAUCCCAUCGACAUCGAGACAUCCGUUAUCCGCUCACACAAGAGCAUCGCUGAAUGUGCUGUGUUCGCGUGGACCAACCUCCUGGUGGUAGUAGUGGAGCUGUCUGGGUCAGAGCAGGAGGCUCUGGACCUCGUUCCCCUGGUGACUAACGUGGUUCUGGAGGACCACUACCUGAUAGUGGGUGUAGUGGUGGUGGUGGAUCCAGGGGUUAUACCUAUCAACUCAAGAGGAGAGAAACAGAGGAUGCACCUACGGGAUGGCUUCCUGGCUGAUCAGCUGGACCCCAUUUAUGUGGCCUACAAUAUGUAAACAACAACAUGUCAACAAGAUGUAAACACCUGGACCCCGUCUAUGUAACGUGUAAACAGAGGAGGAGGAGGAGGGAGAGCCGCUCAGAGAAUGAGAAAUGGACUAUGGACCACACAGCAGAAAUGGACUAUGGACCACACAGCAGAAAUGGACUAUGGACCACACAGCAGAAAUGGACUAUGGACCACACAGCAGAAAUGGACUAUGGACCACACAGCAGAAAUGGACUAUGGACCACACAGCAGAAAUGGACUAUGGACCACACAGCAGAAAUGGACUAUGGACCACACAGCAGAAAUGGACUAUGGACCACACAGCAGAAAUGGACUAUGGACCACACAGCAGAAAUGGACUAUGGACCACACAGCAGAAAUGGACUAUGGACCACACAGCAGAAAUGGACUAUGGACCACACAGCAGAAAUGGACUAUGGACCACAUAGCAGAAAUGGACUAUGGACCACACAGCAGAAACCUCUUGGUGUCUCUUUCUCCCUGUUUGAGUCCCAGCAGAAUAGUGAUGGGUCUUGGUGGGGCUGUACAGUCAGAAUAGUGAUGGGUCUUGGUGGGGCUGUACAGUCAGAAUAGUGAUGGGUCUUGGUGGGGAUGUACAGUCAGAAUAGUGAUGGGUCUUGGUGGGGCUCUACAGUCAGAAUAGUGAUGGUCUUGGUGGGGCUGUACAGUCAGAAUAGUGAUGGGUCUUGGUGGGGCUCUAUAGUCAGAAUAGUGAUGGGUCUUGGUGGGGCUCUAUAGUCAGAAUAGUGAUGGUCUUGGUGGGGCUGUACAGUCAGAAUAGUGAUGGGUCUUGGUGGGGCUCUAUAGUCAGAAUAGUGAUGGGUCUUGGUGGGGCUCUAUAGUCAGAAUAGUGAUGGGUCUUGGUGAGGCUGUAUAGUCAGAAUAGUGAUGGGUCUUGGUGGGGCUGUACAGUCAGAAUAGUGAUGGUUCUUGGUGGGGCUGUAUAGUCAGAAUAGUGAUGGGUUUUGGUGGGGCUCUAUAGUCAGAAUAGUGAUGGGUCUUGGUGGGGCUCUAUAGUCAGAAUAGUGAUGGUUCUUGGUGGGGCUGUACAGUCAGAAUAGUGAUGGGUCUUGGUGGGGCUGUACAGUCAGAAUAGUAAUGGGUCUUGGUGGGGCUGUACAGUCAGAAUAGUGAUGGUUCUUGGUGGGGCUGUACAGUCAGAAUAGUGAUGGGUCUUGGUGGGGCUGUACAGUCAGAAUAGUGAUGGGUCUUGGUGGGGCUCUAUAGUCAGAAUAGUGAUGGGUCUUGGUGGGGCUCUAUAGUCAGAAUAGUGAUGGGUCUUGGUGGGGCUCUAUAGUCAGAAUAGUGAUGGGUCUUGGUGGGGCUCUAUAGUCAGAAUAGUGAUGGGUCUUGGUGGGGCUCUAUAGUCAGAAUAGUGAUGGGUCUUGGUGGGGCUGUACAGUCAGAAUAGUGAUGGGUCUUGGUGGGGCUGUACAGUCAGAAUAGUGAUGGGUCUUGGUGGGGAUGUACAGUCAGAAUAGUGAUGGGUCUUGGUGGGGAUGUACAGUCAGAAUAGUGAUGGUUCUGGUGGGUUGUACAGUCAGAAUAGUGAUGGUUCUUGGUGGGGCUGUACAGUCAGAAUAGUGAUGGUCUUGGUGGGGCUGUACAGUCAGAAUAGUGAUGGUUCUUGGUGGGGCUGUACAGUCAGAAUAGUGAUGGUCUUGGUGGGGCUGUACAGUCAGAAUAGUGAUGGGUCUUGGUGGGACUGUACAGUCAGAAUAGUGAUGGGUCUUGGUGGGGCUGUACAGUCAGAAUAGUGAUGGGUCUUGGUUGGGCUGUACAGUCAGAAUAGUGAUGGGUCUUGGUGGGGCUGUACAGUCAGAAUAGUGAUGGUCUUGGUGGGGCUGUACAGUCAGAAUAGUGAUGGUUCUUGGUGGGGCUGUACAGUCAGAAUAGUGAUGGUCUUGGUGGGGCUGUACAGUCAGAAUAGUGAUGGGUCUUGGUGGGAC